UUGACAAAAAACACGAAAUUUUCAUAAAGUUUGCUCUCUUAUAUCUUUUUGUAUAGGAAAGCAAGCAACCUCAGGUUUUUUGCAUCAAUUAGUGUUACUCAACCUCUUUUCAGCCAUAUAUGAAAAGUACUAUGCUUUAUAUGGCUUCACUUAAAUAUUAUCCAUAUCUUGAGACCACUUUUGAGAAAAAAUCUUGAAGCGGGAACGUUUUUUUAAAACGAAGCUUUUGAAGGUAAGGAUUCCGAAGUACCAAAACAGAUCCAAUUUUUAUAAAACUUUCCGUAUAUAUUAAAAAAAGGUUGAGGAAUCUAAUGGAAUGUGAACACUUUUUAACAUUUAUACAUAAAUUUUUAGUUCUCAGUGUUUAAAAACUUCAAGGUUAAUUAUUAUAGAAAAAAAAGUGAUUUUUGAAAGUGUUCAAGUGGAAAUGGCAAAUUCAGCCUUUCCUCUUUUUAAAACAAGUGUUUAAUUAUGUUUUCUUAAAAAAUAGGUGCUUCGGAUUUGUAUAUUAGAAUUAUGUAUAUAUACAUCUAUAUUUCUUCGCGUAUUUUAUGACGUUUUUUGUUUUGAUUUUGCAAUUCCGAAAUUUUAACUACAAAUAAAAUUGAAAGUGAAAGUAUAUUCCUUAUUAAUGACCUAAGUUUUCAAGGCAAUAAAAAUAAAGAUUUUAUAUUUUUAAAGGUAUUUUGUCUGAAUUGGUCAACUACAAGCUUGAUUCUCACUGUUUCUACUACUGUUUUUAGUCUGUAGAUUCUCUAAACUGUUUUUUUCAAAACAAAAAGAAAUAGUAGUCAACUAAACUUUUAGUCUAAAGUUUACAAAAUGGAAAUGUGCUGUGAACUUAACAAUCUACGUGAAAUGGUGGUUCAAUCUAUAAGUCAAGAAUCUACCAAAGUGUUGUCUGAAAUAGAAACCUGCAAGAAUAUUUUGGAUUUUCUGGAUAUAUAUGAUGGCAUUAUUUGUCUCAAAUAUCCUGAUUUUAUGUUAACCAAUAGCCAUUUUCUACAAAUUUGCAAAGACAAAAAUAAACAUAACAUAACAUUAGAAAAUCUUUCAUUAUUUUUUACAACCUACUGUAAGUAUAAUAUCUCUAGAGUGAUGUUUAUAAGGAUCUUAAAAAAGUUAAAAGGUUACAUUGUAAAAUUAAAUCGAGCCAAAAAUUUGGACUUCAAAAAACAUUUUUUAAGCUCUGCUUUAUCUUUUAAUGGUGCUUUUUCUGAUGUUGUUGGUUUGUUACCUUCUGAUGCUUGUUCUACCCCUACUUCUAUCUACAAUAGUGAAAUUGUUCCAAAUCAAGUUACUGUUUUUGUAUCUUCUGAUUUAAAUUUGCAAAUUACUAAUGAUGAGUUGUCGUAACUUGUUACCCCAACUUCUAUUAUAUACAUCCCUGUAGAAAAUAGGUCUGAAAAAUUUCUUACUGAAAUCUAGGAAUAUAUGCAGAAAAAGCAAUAAUAGAAUGGGAAAAAGUGGUUGAGCAGGAAGGUAGUAUUCAUGGUGGUUUUAAAAGUUCUCAAAACUCUCGCACCUUUGAUAUUUUGUAUGAACUUUUAAAACUUACAAGCUAUCGGCAUGGUGAUCAGCAAAAUGGAAAAGCUGAUGAAUGGAAGGCAUUUUUGAGUAAAAGGUUUACAAAAAAUUUUAUGGUUUCAUUUCUGCAUCAUCGCUUUAAUAUUAUAUUUGUACUUGGUGGAGCAAUGUAUUAUCAUAAAGACCACCUUAAAGAAUUUGUUUUCAAUCUUGGUGGUUCAAAUUUUCUUCAUGAGUCAAUUAGGCAUGAUAUUGACAACAUCAUUUUUCAUGCUUCAACUAGAGCUCUGGGAAUUUUUAAUAAAUUGAUAUCAGGACCUCUUUUUCGUAUUAUUGAAGAGGAGGGUCAUAUUUUCUCUUUAAAUACCAUUUGGUUGCAAAUGUUCAAUUAUUUUGUUUCUUGUUUUUCUGAUGCAUCAAAAAUGUUAAUCGGUUCUACCUUUUUUGAUGUAAAAUAUCUCACCAAGGAUGAAGUGUUUGAUCAUUUAUUUUCUGAUUGUAAUGACCUACUUUUGGAUGCCUUAACCUAAGAAUGUCUUGAAGUUAUAUGUUGCACAUGUUUGGUUAUGAUUUAGAGUCCUAUGACCGCAGGUUAAAAAUGAAACCUAACAUGACAACAGUAGCUGCAGCUGGUGUGAUCAUGUUUAACAACAACAAAACAGCUGAUUGGAUAGAUGGAAAAUUACAGGAUAAAAUUGAAAGGCUAGUUAUAUUAGCAAGGCGAAAUAGAAAAGGGUAUAUAAGAAAGUACAGAGAGAAAAAAGCAAAUAUAUUGCAGUACAAAAUUGAUGAGAUAGACAAGCGCAACUUAGAAAAGGAAAUAAAGGAACAAAAGGCAAGCGCAGAGAAAGAGUUUUUGACAACAGAAAUCGGAAAGGAUGGUGGUUUAAUUUUGUGUGAAGAGGAUUUUGAAAAAAUUUUAGGAACUGAAAAUGAAAUUGUAAUGAAGUUGCAAAGACAAAUUAAAUUUCUAAAAAAAGUAUUACAGCAAAAAUUUCCAGAAAAGUGGUUACAAUUAGGAGAAAAGGCAAAAGGGGAGUAUUACAAAAAAUUUGGUAUUGAUAAAUUAAAAACCAAUCUGAUAUCAAUUUUUAAAUUUUUAAAAGACGUUCCUGAACAACGCGCAACUGCAAUAAAAUGUUCAGUUAUCAGACAGAUUAAUGAAAGACAAGAAAUGUUGUUAACAUUAAAAAAAAAAGUCAGAUUAGAGGGUGACGCAAGGUUAAUUAUGAAAACUGGAAGUAAAAUAAAAACAGGCACAUUAAAGGGAGGGGUUCCAAAGUUUUUAGGAAAAAGAAUAAAACAAAGUGGUAGAUAAUGAUGGCAAGGAUGUAUGGUAUUCAGGGCUCGUGGUAAGUGUUCUAGACGACAAUGAAUUUGAUGAAGAGUGUGAGUUUCAGAUACUAUAUGAUGGAUAUGAAGAUAAGUAUGACAUUGAGUUGGUCAAAGAGUGGAGGAUGAAAUGUGUUGUGGUAGAGGGAAAAGCUGAUGGUUAUGUGGAGGGCGAAGUUUGUAAAAAACAAAAAUGAAGUUAAUAUCAUUUUUGACACAAUGGGGAUUUAAUUUAUUGUAUUUAUGUUUGUUAUUAUUCUUAUUAUUAAUAAUAUUAUUGUUAUUAUUAUUUUUAUUGUCAUUCAAUUUAAUGUGUUCUUGUUUGUGUUCUGUUUGGUCAUCUGAAGCGGUGUUGGCGCACCGACAAUUCUUUAUAUGUAUAUUUGUUUUCUAUUGGACAUCUGUCGUCAUGGUGACAUACCCGUAUGUCAUGCUUUCUAUUUUUGUGCUGACAUACCUGUCAAUAUAUGUAUCCUUGUGUUUACAUUUUUUUGUGUUUGCAUGUAUGUUUUUGUAGGUGUGUCUGCAAUUAUUUGCAUGUUUGUUUUUACUCACUUGUUAGUCACUAUAUGCAUGUUUGUGUUUAUGUAUCUGUUAGUCAUUAUGUGUAUGUUUGUGUUCUGUUGGACCUCUGAAGUGGUGUUGACACACAUGUAAGUCACUAUAUGUAUGUUUGUGUUUAUGUCCCUGUUACUCAUUAUGUGUAUGUUUGUGUUCUGUUGGACCUCUGGAGCGGUGUUAGCGCACCCGUAAGUCACUAUAUGUAUGUUUGUGUAUAUGUAUCCAUUAGUCAUUAUGUGUAUGUUUGUGUUCUGUCAGACCUCUGGAGCGGUGUUGACACACCCGUAAGUCACUAUAUGUGUGUUUGUGUUUGUAUACCUGUUACUCAUUAUGUGUAUGUUUGUGUUCUGUUGGACCUCUGGAGCGGUGUUAACGCACCCGUAAGUCACUAUAUGUAUGUUUGUGUUUAUGUACCUAUGUGUUUUGUAUGUACUAUUGUGUUUACUUUGUACUUGUACUUUAUGUGUUACUAUGUACUAUUGUGUUUAUGUACCUUAUGUAUCAGUCUUUAUGUGUAUGUUUGUGUUCUGUUGGACCUCUGGAGCGGUGCUGACCCACCCGUAAGUCAUUAUAUGUAUGUUUGUAUUUAUGUAGCCAUUAGUCAUUAUGUGUAUCUUUGUGUUUAUUUACCUGUAAGUCAUUAUAUGUAUCUUACUCUUUUGUUGGAACUGUGGAAUAACUAUAAUUUCAUUUGAUAAUGCAGGUUAGUCAUUUUGAUCAAGUUUUUGUUUUUUUUAUUUAUAUUUGUGUCUGUUGGUCUUGUGGCACAGCAUUGAAACAACAGUAAUCAAACUAGGCUGCAAGCAAUCAUUGUAGGAGUUGGAAGUUACUGGAAGAGAAAAGAUGAAGUUUGUAGAGUAAGAUAACAAUUGACAGUUGAGUUGAAAGAUUGCAAAUUAUAUGAAACAGGGAAGCAAGAUAAAGGAAGCGAAUUCCAAAGAACUGAUGUUCGAGGAAAAAAAUAAAAGAAUAAGAGUUUUUGGAGCACUUAGAAACAGUCACAAGAGAAUGAAUUUUAGCAGAUAAACAAGGGACUCUAGCUAUUUAGAGCAGUGCCCAUACUUGUAGAAAAGAGAAGGAGAAGCACCAUUACAACGAUGUGAUAAUGGUUAGAGGUUGGCUGCAAGAGCAGGUCCAACAAUGCAUUUUUACAAUGCAUUUUUGCUCCUUGUCUAAAAGAGAAAGGGCGUCAUUAGAAUAUCUGCCCCAGCGUUUUUUGCAGCGUUUAGUGCCACAGGGUCUGUGUGUUUUGUGAUUGUGAUCUUAUUGUUGUGAUGUUUUGUGUUGAUAGACAACUUGGCUUACCUUCUCGCUGGUGUCUAUCGUUAAAAAUGAUUAUUAGGUUGUUUCGUUACUGAAACUACUUCUAAUCAUUCACUAAAAGCCAAGAGAUAAAUUUUAGA